CCAAUAGAGGGCAGUGGUAUUUUACGGGUCUGCAGCAGACGUGGACGACAGGAUCGAUCCGACGAGCUCUGGCAAUGUGUGCAUGACUUUGGACUGAAACUGUAGCACAAGGAAACAGACAUGGCGUAUAGUAUGCAUGUUUAUAUGGCCAUGGCCAUGGUGUUCAUAGGAUGUGGUGCUAAUGUGUUCUUCUUGGAGCUUAUAGUGAGUGAAUAUCCUGGGAGUGGAAACAUCAUUACUUUUGCCCAGUUUCUCCUGAUAGCUGUAGAAGGAUUUGUUUUUACCUCUAAAUUUGGGACAAAGAGACCUGUUAUCCCUUUCAAGAACUACUUUAUAAUGGUGGCAUUCUUUUUCUCAACAAGUGUUGUGAACAACUAUGCUCUCAACUUUAAAAUAUCUGUUCCUCUUCAUACUAUCUUUAGAAGCGGAUCUCUCAUAGCAAACAUGGCUCUUGGUAUAAUCAUCUUACACAAACGAUAUGCUCCUUCCAAAUAUAUGGCUAUAUUCAUGAUAUCAGCAGGAAUCUGUCUGUGUACCCUUAUGUCGGCCAAGAACAUAGGUAAUGAAGAUCAACCCAAAACGGAAGGAUUUGACUCCACGUCAGAUUUCAUGUUGUGGAUAAUAGGUUUGUGUAUGUUGACCUUUGCCCUCUUCCUGUCUGCUCGCAUGGGAAUCUUUCAAGAGACGCUUUACAAGGCCCAUGGCAAACACCCCAGGGAAGCCCUCUUCUAUUCACAUGCAUUGCCUCUUCCUGGGUUUCUCCUAAUGGGUAGAGAUAUCUAUCAUCAUGCUGUAAUGUAUAGUGCUACAGAACCUAUUGUGGUCGGUCUUGGAAUAGCUAUACCAAAGAUGUGGCUUUAUCUAAUUGGAAAUAUGCUUACACAGUAUAUAUGCAUACGCAGUGUGUUCAUCCUGACCUCGGAAUGCCCGUCUCUCAUCACCACCCUAGUCGUCACCCUCCGCAAGUUCAUAAGCCUCGUUGCUUCCAUCAUCUUCUUCCAAAACCCUUUCACCCUGUGGCAUUGGGUAGGAACCACCAUGGUGUUUGGUGGUACCCUUCUUUUUACUGGUGUCCUCCAUCAGUUGAAGGAUGCCAUCUUUGUGAGGCCACCACCUGCAUCUCAAGACAAGAAGACUGAUUAACAAUUGAGCUUCUUGAUGAAACUGUUAUUAGAUUUUAAUUAGCAUUAUGGUGUUUGGUGAUAACCUUUUUACUGGCGCCCUCCAUCAGUUGAAGGAUGUUAUCUUUGUGAGACCACCACCUGCAUCUCAAGACAAGAAGACAGAUUAACAAUUGAGCUUCAUGGUGAAACUGUUUUUAGAUAUUAUUUAGCAUUAUGGUGUUUGGUGGGACCCUUCUUUUUACUGGUGUCCUCCAUCAGUUGAAGGAUGUCAUCUUUGUGAGACCACCACCUGCAUCUCAAGACAAGAAGACAGAUUAACAAUUGAGCUUCAUGGUGAAACUGUUCUUAGAUUUUAGUUAGCAUUAUGGUGUUUGGUGGGACCCUUCUUUUUACUGGUGCCCUCCAUCGGUUGAAGGAUGCCCUCUUUGUAGGACCACCACCUGCAUCUCAAGACAAGAAGACUGAUUAAUGGUUGAGCUUCUUGCUGAAUGUGGUGCCUUAUUUCCUUAACAUACUCAUUGUAAACCGUUUACUUAUGCUACAUAAGUACAUGAAUAGUGGCAGUUAGUGCUGUAACCUGCAAACGAGAACCCGACCCGUACCGUCCGGUAUAAUCCAAUGAUUUGCAGGUGGGACCCGCUGACCCAUCGGGUUGGAACCUGGAGUUUGAAUCACAUAAUCUAGGUCUACCAUGGGCACUCACUCAAUCACAUGUGUUCACCAUGACAUGAGAUUCUAUCCUCACUUUAUACAGGCUCACAUCAGGAAGAGAUAUUCCAACUAAGCUAGAAUGAAUUCACUUCCAAAAUCACUGAUUUAACUUUAAUCCAGAGUUCUGGGAGUGACAUUGUACCACGAAAUGGGUCUGCGCCAAUCUCAUAAGCAUUGUGCAAUAAUUCUCGGAGCCAAUUUAAGAAUCACCGAUUGCAACAGUGAUCAUUACUAUUUACGUGUCAUACGCUGGUACACAAUGUGCUGCAAAAACAAGCUCCUCAAAUUGACAAUAAAAUAAUGAAAAAUCAAUGAAUAUCUUCAGCGGCAGUAUGUGUGACGUAUAUGGUAGGCACUUUUGAGGCUAAUGUACGUUGAUGCGGUAUUUGGUGAACUGAGCUCACGGGCCCACACAAUGUUCACAAGACAAAAAUAUAUCAGUAAUUUUUUUAAGGAAGCAUAAGCAUCUCUAAAAGAAUCUACCACGUAAGAAACACAGGAUCUUGAGUAAUCCGAACUCAAUUUAUUUCGUUUGUGUGUUUUGAAUAUUUGUAUAUGUGUCAUAACUUCUCCCUUUGUCAUACCUACGCUACAGCUACGGUCUGUGGAUUUGAAAAUGAACUCGGCCUGACCUGCAACCCACAAUGGGGGCAUACCGGCAGGUUACCCCAUACCACAACUGGUAUGGUUUACAACACUAGUGGCAGUAGUUUACAGUUUUACCCUUAACUCUUUAUGGAAUGCAGCUCUAUGGGCUUUGUUAGGUCUAUUGUUUGGUGCCAAAAGUUGACAAAGUGCUUACUCCUUUGAAACUUACACUAGAUAGUACUGUAUCAACUCACAUCCUUAAUCGAUUGGUAUAAAUAUGUUGUAUCACAUGAUUACCUUUUGAACAUUAGUACAGCAAGAUUUCUAGUAUAUGAAAUAUAAAGAUUGUAUCACUCAUUGACAGAGUUUGAUGAUUUUAAGGAGAAAUUAAACCAUUGUAAUUGGUUGAGUGAAUGAAAAUGUUCGAUAUAUUGCAUAAGAGAAUACAGAAGACAAUUUGAGUGUGCCUACUUUGACUCAUUUUUUUGCUAACCACUGACAUUAUUUUGUGAAUGUCACUUUUUCGUGAAACUGAGCAAAAAGUGAAAAGCCAUGCAAAAAUUUCUCAUUUGACAUGCAAAUUUGAUGAAAUUUUAUUGAUAUACUAAUUUAUUCAUUUGAACCCAUUGUUGGGAUGGACCUUGUUAUUUCUCUAGUGCAAAAUCAUGUUCUAAAGUCGACACAAAUCUCUAACAGAGCAAAUAAGGAGAACUUCUAUUCUAUCUUCAUGAGUAUGGUGGGUGCUUGGGCUGCCAGCUAGCUCAGCUGGCAAUUCUGAAAGUGCUUCUCAGACAUCACUGCGCAUUAUCAUAACAUUGAGCACUUAACCUCAAAAGUGUCUUGGUCGGGUGGGAAUGAUUGCGGAAAAUAAUUAAUCUAAUUAAAAUAGAUGAAUUUCUUGUAAAUUUAUGUGUAUUUUGCCGAUCGAAUGGGUUUGAAAGCACCUACAGUAUACCAAAAACAUUAUUAUACAUAAAACAUAUGUUAAUUGAUUAAAUGUAUAUAUCUUUAAGUGCCUAUUGAUCACUAUGAUAAUUUUUUAUUACCAUGUGCAAUGAUA